AUGGGCUUACCUACUUCACUUUGGAUGUCCCCAGCAUCCACCGCCCCGUCCACUCCAGGCGCAUAUACGCCCCUAUCUCAAUUAACUAUUCCUUCUCACCCUAGCAUCUUGCAUCCAGAGGUGUCUCCUUUAUCUGGAUACAAGGACCCCUCGCCGUCAACGACAGGCUCCCUUUCUUUAGAGUCUAAAUCUACGUUGAUGAGCGAUUUUUUCUCAGAAGACUUGUUCGGGGUCCCCGGUGUGGAUCCAAAUCCUAGUACUUAUACUUCCCCUCGACUAUCUGGCUCACCAGAUCUGAAUUCUGUAGCGUCUUCCGGUGAGGUUGACCCAGAGCAACUUGCUAGAGAAGACCCUCUUGCAACUCAGGUAUGGAGAAUGUAUGCGCGGACGAAGGCAACGUUACCACAUGCACAGAGGAUGGAAAACCUGACGUGGAGAAUGAUGGCGUUGGCUCUCAAGAAAAAGAAGGAGGACGAAGAGGCCAGAGAAAGAUAUGCUGAGAAAAGGUCAGAUGUCAAGGCUGAAGAAUCCGCAGUUUCAUCUGGUCUACCUACCUCCCAGGGCGAAGGUGUCGGAUCUGAUGAUGAUGGUGCAGAGAGAGGAAGGCGGAUAGACAAGGGUAAAGCCAAGGUUCAAGUAGUCGGUUUUGAUGGCACGAAUCAGGACGGCACAGAAGAUGACGACGUUGUACCUAUGGACUGGAGAGCCAUGAGUAGAUCAAGGUCUCGUAUAUCAAUGGACUGGAGGCCCCAAAGCCGGUCUCGUUCACGACCACCCCAGGCCACAACUACUUUUGAUCAACACGGGGCUAUAUUCCCUCCAGGCGAUUCUGUGUUGAAGGGCCUCGCUACUUCGCCAAGUAUACCCAUCCCUGGUGCCACAUCUGCACUUACCAUUGCUCGUCACAGUCCUUCAUCCUCCUCUGUGCCCCUUCGCUCUGGGCUUUCUGCUGUAUAUGAAGGUCGUGUUGACCAUGCGCCUGCUCCUUAUGAUUUAUCACACAACACACAUGAUGAUGCAUAUGAGCAUGAGCUGUCAGCAUAUAACACACCAUCAUUCCACCCCUCUUCUUUACCUUCAUUUGGCCUGCAUGGCCCAACCACUGCUCCCUCUUCAUCUCGUAAUCAGACGAGCACUGAACCUUCGUUCCCAAAACAUGUUCGCAAAACCAGUUUCGAUCACACGGUUCAGAAAGCUGGUAUUUUUGCCGGAGUAAGUGGCAGACAUCAGGUCAAUGGGAAACCUCUUUCACCCGAUAGUCUUGUGGGACAGAAACGACGAGCAGAUGCUCCUCAUGCAGAGAGUAUGCUGCGUGCUGAUCCUUCAAAUGUGGGUCAAACGACUCCAAGACAAGUCGAUGUUCAGGAAACAGAGCAGUUUGAGAGCAGUAGCCCAUUCCCGUCUACCGCCUUCAAUUUCUCUUACUCUCCAUAUGAUGGGAUGUUUGAUCUUUCUGGCUCUGGAGCUCAUUUAGACGGCAGUCGGUCGUCAGGGGGGCAUUACCACGACUCUACUCGUUCUUCAGUCAAUGGUGUGUCCUAUUCAUCUACAGUUGGGCCUUCUAGUAUCGGUGAAGGCUUAUCGGCGGCGGCGGCGGCAGCUACGGCAGCUCUUGCAGAGGGCUAUCCUCAUCUUAGCAGUACCAACUUUGGGGGCACCGACGAUUCUCAGCUCGACUAUCAUCAGUUUAUGGGUAUCGGAUAUUCCAGUAUCGACAGUACCGUCGGCCUCGCGCAACAUCCAUUUACAGUCGACCCCACUCACAUUCUGCCUGUGGAGCACAACGGAGAUGGUUUACCGAGUUUCCAUGCGAGUCCCUCGAGCGACGGAUGGGGCAAUGGAGUUAAUUCGAGUUCGACUGCUUCUCCUGAGCCAUAUAACACAUCAAAUGCUUCUUCGCCUCCCUCUGGGGAGAGUGCGUUGAACGGCCAUCAACCUCGAGUUGCACCACGGAAAUUUGCUUCGUCGAAGCGUGCCGCUCAAGAUGUCCGAAGAAAGAAAUCGCUUCCUGGUGCGAACACGUCUGUUUCCAAUGGAAUUUCGAGAUCGGCUACUAGUACUCCGGAUCCUUUGAAUACGGAUGGAAGUGGUACGCAGACGGGUAAAGGGGACGAUGGAGAUCAGACUCCUACUGCUUGCACGAAUUGUCAGACCACGAACACGCCUUUGUGGAGACGUGACCCUGAAGGGCAGCCGUUGUGUAAUGCGUGUGGUCUAUUCUAUAAAUUGCAUGGUGUAGUAAGACCACUGUCUCUAAAGACAGAUGUGAUCAAGAAGAGAAAUCGUGCAUCGGGCGCACCCAAUGGCUCUGCUCGCAAGGGUUCAUCUACGCUGCCCAAGCUUGCAUCGUCUUCGACCCGGCCUCGUGCUUCGACGACCAGCACGAUGCCAACCGGUUUUGCAGGAUCUCGUCAUGCUAACCCCCCACCGCGCACACCGGUACCGCCGUCUGCUUUUCCGUCUAGUUUGCAGCCUGUAGGAUCGAAAGAUAGCAAUGGGAACAAAGACAAUCGGCGACAUUCGCGCCUAGAAAUGGACUUUGAGCAGGCUCUGCGUGCUGGGGGAACUGUCAUGCUCAAGGAAGGUGUCGAUGUGAAUACGCUGGGUGUGGGUGGCAGCCCAGCGCCGUCGUCGCAUGAAUUUGCCUCACCUACACCUCCCACAAAAGAAAUGCGAACGCCUCGCCUUGCUCACCAGCCCUCAACGCCCGUCAUCGUCCCCCCAACCCCCUCUCCAGCUGCAUGUUCCUCCUCCUCCUCUUCUUCAGCAACAGCAGGGGCAGGGGCAGCAGGGGCAACGUCACCAGCCCUUCCCUCCUCUUCCUCUUCUAAUGAGAUCUUCUACGACGCUGAGCACCCUGACAUGCAGACUAAACGCCGUUCCAUGUAUCGAUCUUCGGGCACGUCGAGCAGUCCCGAUUUGGCCACGCUCGUACGAAAAGCAAAGGAGAAGGGAGGGGUGGUCAAUGCGCACCAAGCGCACCAACUCAGGAAGGACAAACGACAAAACCCCCCUCCCCUCCCCGUGUCCAGCUCAGGCCUUCGCCCUUCAGCGACACGCCCGCGCUCAUCCACAUCCUCUGCGGGCACUUCACCUGCCCCCCUCAGUCCAAAUAUCUCACAUAUGCCUAGGACACUUCAAAAAUCGGCCAGAACCCCGGGCGGGAUUAAAAAGUUUGUGUUUGCUCGCGCGCAGCUCCCCAAGACUUCGGUAAGGGCGAAGACGAGUGCUUUCUUGGGGAAAAUGUUGGGCCAAGGGUCUACUCGGGAUCGACAGCGGCCGGAUGAACCGACAUCGCCUUCUUAUGGUGUACCAGCCUUUAUGGGUGCAUUUUCCCCUCCGGUUCCCCCCUUACCAGACGAUAUUCAGCGCACGCCUGUGGCACCUCCUAUAACUGAUGUCUUCACGAGCCCUCGCUCGAAUACUCAUGAUCUGAAACCGCUUCCACCCAUUCAUGUUGCGGAUGUGGACCGCAAAAGUGAAGAUUCAAUUGACGACAGAUCCAUCGUUAUGGUCAAUCAUGCUCCGAAUUGGCCUUGUAGACCCCCUUCUCCCCAGAAGAAAGUCGAAGCUAGGCCGACGAACGUUGCUAACAAAUUUAUCAGUCACGCAAAGAAGAGAAGCAUGAGUGCCGGCGAAAUAGACAUAAAGAAGAUGGUACCAAUGUCAUCUUCAGGAGGGGCUUCGCGCCCCUCUAAUGAACCUGCGUUGAAUCCGAAUACGGAGUCGCAGGGCUGGGAUUCAACACUGCAUGGCAUACUCAGUGAUUUUAAAGCUCUCAAUGUGACUUCACAACAGGAUUUGACCACUAAUGACUUGAUAUUAAAUCGUUAUGCUUCCAACCCAUCCUUUUCACGUUCUGGCGAUGUUUCAGACUUGGAGGAAAUGGGCAAGGAACGAGCAGCACGCUGUUAUGCGGAUGACGAAGAGUUUCUGGCAAAGGAAAAAAUUGCUGAAUGGCUCGGCGGACAAGGGCAGGUCAACAAAGUCGCCCUUCGCUAUUACAUGGAUUACUUUGACUUCACUAAAUUGAGGCUGGACAACGCAUUCAGGCGCCUGUGUACCAAACUCUUCUUGAAGGCGGAGACUCAGCAAGUAGACCGAAUCCUCGAAGAGUUUAGUAGGCGUUAUUACGACUGUAACCCCAACUGUGUGUUCGGUAGUGCAAGCGUUGUUCAUGCGGUCUCGUAUUCUUUAUUACUUCUAAACACUGAUCUUCACGUUGCGGACCUUGUGACGAGGAUGUCUCGCUCCCAGUUCGUUCGUAACACGAUGACUGCCAUCCAGAUGCAACUCCAGCCCAAUCGAUUUGCCUCUAGUACGGACCUAACUUGGGACGACAGCAGCAGCAGUCGUGGCACCGGCUCCGACGGAACUGAGACCAUGUCCAUAACUCGUUCGAAGCGAAGUGGUAGUAUUACUAGCUGGAAUAGUAUAUCAAAAGAUACCAUCAUUUCCUCCGCCGGCAUGUCAUUGGCGACUCCCUCUGGUACUACUCCCUCUUCAACCGCCCAACCUUCCAUGAACAGCAGUACUACCUCUGUUCAGUUUCCCACUGUCGCCGAGUUUAAAAGUAGCCAGCCAUCAAUGGUUUAUGAUCGCAACUGGGAAAUUGAUAUGGAGAGUACGCUCAAGGUUGCAGCCGCCUUCUUGACCCCUACUCUUGGAUUUGCGUCAAACUUAUCUCACACAAUCAUUCGAGAGGCUCAGGAGGAUGAUGAUCGAAGUCUCAAGAGUCACGAGUCGAGUUCAACGACUGUCAGUAUAACUGAUGAAGAGCUGGCUUUACUCGGUGCUCCUUGGGCUAAGGAAGGUAUGCUGUGCCGAAAGCAAUACUGGGAGUCUACAGGAAAAAGGGCCAAAACAAAGGCAUGGAUGGAUAUCUUCGUCGUUAUACAAAAAGGCGAAUUGAGCAUGUUCACCUUUGGCGAGCAUGGCGGGGGAUCCUCAGGUGUAGUUGGUGGCGGUAACUGGCUAGAAAGUGCACAGUCAAUGGGGAACGUGCUUCUGGCUCACUCUCUUGCACAUGCCCUACCCCCUCCCGGAUACAACAGGCAGCGCCCUCAUUGUAUGGUGCUAACUCUUGCCAAUGGAGGUGUAUAUUUCUUCCAAGCCGGUACUGAAGAACUCGUGAACGAAUGGGUCUCCACUUGCAAUUACUGGGCAGCACGAACUAGCAGGGAGCCUCUCGCAGGCGGAGUAUCGAACAUGGAAUACGGUUGGAAUCGGGUUGCAGACCCUUCGAGUCACGGUCGUUCUGUCUCGGACAACGAAUCGCGGGAUAACGAUCGCACUGAUACUAUGAGUGUGCGCAGUGGUCGAAGUAGUCGAAGCAAAUUCAACUGGAGAGAGGGCGUUGCUACCGUAAGGGCACCUCACUCACCUUGGUCCGAUAAAACUUUCGUCAACGAUUGGAAACCACCUUUGCCACCUUCUGUUGCGAGCACCCACGAUGAGGAGUCACAACUUGAAGCGCUACAAAAACACGUCAUCUCCCUAAAGAAGGACCUCAAACGCCAUAAUGAACUCCGUGAACCCAUGGCUUCCUUGUAUGCUCCUCGGACUGCUAAUGCCAGUAAAGCGCAGACCAACUGGGAGAAAAAAUCACAGUAUCUCCUAACCGAGAUAGUGAAAUAUGACUCCUAUAUUGAUUCCUUGCAGUCUGCCAUGGCACUGCGGCUAAAGAAAAGAGGAGAAAAGGCACUUGAACGCGCGUUGGUGAUUGUUAGUCCUGAUGAUGACCACCCGAAUGCUGCGAAGGGGAAAUGGAAAGGUUACCCCGGCGAAGACACGAUACCCGAAGCUGAUGAACCAGAACUAGCUGAGGGCGGAUAACGCAAGAUUUUAAAUCCGUACUUCGUAUAACUUUUUUGUUUUAAUGAUGUGCUUGUACUAAGGCGGGGUUAUUUAUAAUGCCCUUUUCUCGUUUAUACAUUGUUGUUGUGUGCAAGAAAUAGAAAGAAAUUCCAA